GACCUGGCUUUUCUGCAGCUGCAACUCGUUCUCCUCCUCACCCACUGUUCCUCAUGGCUCGCUCAGCGUCCCCAGGAAGAGAGUAACCACCUCUGUGAGCCAAGGAGUCUUCUAAGGCCCAGCCUCGGCUCAGGCGCUACUACCUGUGCAGCACCUGGACUCUCACUGCACCUCCGCCAGGAUGUGUGACAGGAAUGGCGGACGGCGGCUGCGGCAGUGGCUGAUUGAACAGAUCGACAGCAACCUGUACCCGGGGCUGAUCUGGGAAAAUGAGGAGAAGAGCAUGUUCCGGAUCCCCUGGAAGCACGCCGGCAAGCAGGACUACAACCAGGAGGUGGAUGCCUCCAUCUUCAAGGCCUGGGCAGUUUUUAAAGGGAAGUUUAAAGAAGGGGACAAAGCUGAACCAGCCACUUGGAAGACGAGGUUACGCUGUGCUUUGAACAAGAGCCCAGAUUUUGAGGAAGUGACAGACCGAUCCCAGCUGGACAUUUCCGAGCCGUACAAAGUUUACAGAAUCGUCCCGGAGGAAGAACAAAAAUGCAAACUGGGCAUCAUGCCUCCCGGAUGUGUGAGUGAGGUGGCGGAGAUGGAGUGCAGCCGCGCUGAGGUGGACGAGAUGAUCAAAGAGCCUCCUGUGGACGACUACAUGGGGAUGAUCAAGAGGAGCCCGUCCCCGCCAGAGGCCUGCAGGAGCCAGCUCCUCCCAGACUGGUGGGUGCCGCAGCCCAGCGCAGGCUUGCCGCUGGUGACCGGGUACCCCGCCUAUGACCCACACCAUGCAGCCUUCUCCCAGAUGGUGAUCAGCUUCUACUAUGGGGGCAAGCUGGUGGGCCAGGCCACCACCACCUGCCCUGAGGGCUGUCGCCUGGCCCUGGGCCCGCCGGGGCUGCCCAGCGCCAAGCUGUACGGGCCCGAGGGCCUGGAGCUGGUCCGCUUCCCGCCGGCCGACACCAUCCCCAGCGAGCGGCAGAGGCAGGUGACGCGGAAGCUGUUUGGGCACCUGGAGCGAGGGGUGCUCCUGCACAGCAGCCGCCAGGGCGUGUUCGUCAAGCGGCUGUGCCAGGGCCGCGUGUUCUGCAGCGGCAAUGCCGUGGUGUGCAAGGGCAGACCCAACAAGCUGGAGCGCGACGAGGUGGUCCAGGUCUUUGACACCAGCCAGUUCUUCCGAGAGCUGCAGCAGUUCUACGGCAGCCAGAGCCGCCUGCCCGACAGCAGGGUGGUGCUGUGCUUCGGGGAGGAGUUUCCGGACAUGGCGCCCUUGCGCUCCAAGCUCAUCCUGGUGCAGGUGGAGCAGCUGUACGUCAAGCAGCUGGUGGAGGACUCGGGGAAGAGCUGCACCGCGAGCUCCGUGCUGCCGGUGACCGAGGAGCCGCAGCUGGACCAGGCCUUCCGGAUGUUUCCUGAGAUUUGUGCUUCACACCAGAGACCCUUUUUCAGAGAAAACCAGCAGAUCACUGUCUAAGGGGCGUCUCUCCCCGGCGCCCCACCCUGCGCGUGGCUCACCGGUCACAGUGACUGGCAAACGUGGACGCUGCGGCCGGGGUGUUCCGCUGGCUGUGCGGCUGAGGAGCCUGUGCUGGGCACAGUUGGGCCACAGUUCUGUUCGCUCAGGAGGUGGGAACUUUCGGACAGUGGCCUGGAUCCUGUAAAAUUGUAACCUGAGAUUAAAAAUUGUAUUUUCUGCA